AAAACUGGCUCAAUCUUUACCUAAAAAUCUUAAAGAGAUUAAUAUUUGGAUAAAAUUGAACUCAGAAUAUAAAUCAGUGUUACUUUUAGAUGAUUUAUAUUACUUUUUUAAUAAUCUUAAUUUUAAAUACUCUUACAUGAACAUAGAAAUAGUACACUCAUAUG